AUGCUUAUUUUGAAGAAAACAGGCAUCUUACAUAAUUUUACACCAUGCACGACCACUCUCGCCCUUAUUCUUUUCGGUUUGUCGUCUUUAGGAGUAGUAUUAAGAUACCGACAUUGGACACAGAACCCACCUGAGGAAGAAAAUCUGUUGAAUUCUUUAACUAUGGUUCCUGGAUUUACUGUACAACAUAUUUGGACGCUUGUCACAGCUGGGUUUUUAGAAACUAAUUUGACUACACUAUUCGGAAACACGAUAACCAUGCUUGCACUUGGAUCACAUUUGGAACGUUCAUGGGGACCACGUGAAUUCCUGAAGUUUGUCGGAAUAGUGUCAGUUGGAAGUUACAUAGUUACAUGGAUUGUCUAUUUAAUCGAAUAUGGUUUUACGAAAAACCUUCAAUACUUAUACGAAACUCAAGUAAAUGGAAUGGUAGGAUUGACAAUGGGGUUCUUGGUCGCGUUGAUGCAACUCGAUCCAGAGAUGUUGAUAAGUUUUGUGAUUUUUUCAGUCAGGGUGAAGCAUCUCCCGGGUGCUCUCCUCGGGUUAAGCAAUGUCUUCUUCUUUGUAUUCGAAGCACAAUCACAACUAUUCUUGAUACAAUUUGGCUGGAUCAUCUCGUGGACAUAUCUUCGUUUCUUUCGUGUCAAUUCUGAUGGAAGUUGCGGGGAUCAAAGUGAUACUUUUGCAUUUUCGUGUUUCUUUCCCGAGUUUAUUAGACCUAUAAUCAAUUAUUUUUCAGCUAUAAUAUUUAAUUUAUUUGUAAAACUUCGCAAGCCGGCUUCUCGAAAAAGCAAUAAUAACAAUACCAACAAUCAAGAAAAUGAAGAAACAUUAAAUAUGAAUUUGCUGCACUCAUCUUCAAUCAUUCCAGAAGAUGGUGAAGUUGGAAUUGAAAUUGAAAUUGAAACGGGAGAAAGUCGCAGUAUUGAUAAUUCGUCGUCAUCCUCAUUUUCAUCUAUGUCGAAAUCCAACACCAUAAAACCUCAACAGCCACCUUUCAUUGAUAAGGAAAUUGGGAAUACGUCUUCUGCACCAUCCUCAAUUCAUACAACUGCAAUGUUUGAGCUUCCUUCUUGA